UUUGUUUUGCCAAAUUAUCUAAAAUGAAUAAGCCGGAAUUGUAUCAUAAAUCACACGGCGUGACAAAACGAGAUGUUGGCGAACUGCUAACUCAAUUUGCCUCUAAACUGCAGUGGCGUCCAGAGGGUGGUGAUGCGGUCCUGGAAAUUGGUUGCGGACCUGGAGAUAUUUCCAUGAAGUACAUUUAUCCUCUGAUGCGAGAAAAUUUCGGAAAACUCAUUUUCAGUGACAUAUCAUGGGACAUGAUGAACUUCUUCAGAGAGAAUUAUGAAAUUCCGUCGAAAUGUGAUUUCCGACAACUUGAUAUUGCCGGGGAGAGUUUUGAACUACCCGACGAUAUGGUGGGUCAAUUUGAUCAUGUUAUAUCAAGUUUGGUUCUGCACUGGGUGCCAGAUAACAGAACGGCUUUGGCGAAUAUGUAUAAACUACUGCGAUCUGAGGGUGGCGAUUGCCUCUUGAUAUUCUUUGGUUAUAACAGCAUUUUUGAAGCCAACAACCUGAUGAGCUCCAAUCCUAAAUGGUCUCAAUAUAUUCAAAAUGCAAAUCGUUUUGUCGCCCCGUUGCAUUACAGCACUGAUCCCAAGGGACAAUUUCAACAAAUGAUGGAAGCUGCAGGAUUUUGUAAUAUUAGCAUUGAACUGAAGGCGGGAGUUUAUAAUUAUGGGAGCUUUGAAAACUUUAAAGAAAAUAUCACACCCGUCUGCGGCGUAUUGGAUUUCAUUACAAAAUCGCGUCAGUUGGAAUUUUUUGAAGAUUAUUUUAAGGCCAUGGCAGAAACUGCUGCGAAAAAACAAGGAUUGCCUUUGAAAGAUGCAAUGUACACAAUGGUUUUGGAUACGAUUGUGGUGUAUGGUCAAAAGAAGUCAUCUCUUUGA